AUGCAGCAGUCGGAAGUCCGAGAUGGGCAGCAGCAGCAGCAGCACGCCGAAACAAUGGACAUUACUCACAUUACUAAUCCCACAGUGACCAAACAGGUCUACAAAGGACACAGCAGAAGGACGGGGGCCGGGGCGGCCAAUAGCAACAAUCACCAUGGUAACCGUACGGGGAACAAUGAGAACCACAGUCACAAUAGUAACAUUCAUAUUUAUAAUAAUGGUAAGGGUAAUAAUAAUAACAAUAAUAGUAAUAAUAGUAAUAGUAAUAAUAAUGGUAGCAGUAACGGGGGGCAGGAGAGCGGCGGUGGUGCGGAGACGCAGACGGAGGCCGAGGAGGAGUUGGUGGAGAUCACGUACCCGGCCACAGAGGUUGUCGGGCACGGGUCGUUUGGGGUUGUGUUUACGACGGUGAUAGAGCAGACCGGGGAGAAGGUGGCGAUCAAGAAGGUGCUGCAGGACAAGAGGUUUAAGAACCGGGAGUUGGAGAUUAUGAAGCUUCUAGAACAUGUGAACGUGGUGGAUCUGCGCUACCAUUUCUACGAGAGCGAGCCGCAGACGAACGAGGUAUAUUUGAAUUUGAUUCUGGAGUACAUGCCGCAGUCGUUGUAUCAGCGGCUACGGCAUUUUGUGACGAGCCGGACGCUGAUGCCACGUGACGAGAUCAAGGUUUACAUGUUCCAGCUGUUCAAGUCGCUCAACUAUCUGCACCGGGUGGCGCGGGUGUGCCAUAGGGACAUCAAGCCGCAGAAUCUGCUGGUGGACGCGGAGAGUUUGCAGCUCAAGCUGUGCGACUUUGGGUCGGCGAAGCAGCUGAAGCCGACGGAGCCCAAUGUGUCAUACAUUUGCUCGCGGUACUACAGGGCGCCGGAGUUGAUAUUCGGUGCUACGAACUAUACCACGCAGAUCGAUAUCUGGUCCACGGGGUGUGUGAUGGCGGAGUUGCUUCUGGGGCAGCCGAUGUUCCCUGGGGAGUCGGGGAUCGACCAGUUGGUCGAGAUUAUCAAGAUUUUGGGCACGCCUACGAGACCGGAGAUCUGUGCGAUGAAUGAGAAUUACUCUGACCACAAGUUCCCGCAGAUCAAGCCCAUUCCGCUGAGCAAAGUUUUCAAGCGCGAAGACCCGGAGACCGUGCAGCUGCUAAACGAUGUGCUGCAGUAUGACCCCACAAAACGGUUCAAUGCUUUACUGGCAUUGUGCAGUUCCUAUUUUGAUGACAUUACUUGCCUCGCUCGGGGCGAUACGGAGACGACGACGACAACGACGACGACGACAGCCAGCGGUGCAAGAGGUGGCGCUUCUAACGCGCCUGCAGAACUCUGGCAAGGUAUAUGCCACAAUUUGCAAUUGAUGCAGUUCGCUGCUGAUGAGUUUAACGAUUUGAACGACCUGGAAAAAUCCUUAGUACAAUCUAAGUUGAUACUACACACUCGCUCAGAUUGA